UCAGAUAUCUUCAUUCGAUAGUACAGCCGUCUGCUUGUUACAUCGCAAAGCACAGCAGCAGCAAAUAUAUCUUCAUCCCGAAAACCAAUCAUGCGUGAAUGUAUCUCAGUCCACAUCGGCCAAGCCGGAGUUCAGAUCGGUAAUGCCUGCUGGGAGUUGUACUGCCUGGAGCACGGCAUCCAGCCUGAUGGCCAGAUGCCCUCAGACAAGACCAUUGGAGGUGGUGAUGAUUCCUUCAACACCUUCUUCAGUGAGACUGGAGCUGGCAAGCACGUGCCCCGUGCCGUCUUCGUCGAUCUCGAACCAACCGUAGUCGAUGAAGUCCGGACCGGAACUUACCGACAGCUCUUUCAUCCUGAGCAGCUGAUCACUGGCAAAGAGGAUGCUGCCAACAACUACGCCCGUGGUCACUACACCGUCGGAAAGGAAAUAAUCGAUAUUGUUCUCGACCGAAUCAGGAAACUUGCGGAUCAAUGCACGGGACUACAGGGUUUCCUCCUGUUCCACAGCUUCGGCGGCGGCACCGGCUCCGGGUUCACAUCGCUGCUCAUGGAGCGUCUCUCCGUAGAUUAUGGAAAGAAGUCCAAGUUAGAGUUCGCCAUCUACCCAGCUCCUCAGGUUUCCACCGCUGUUGUUGAGCCAUACAAUUCCAUCUUGACCACACACACUACCCUGGAGCACUCCGACUGUGCCUUCAUGGUCGACAAUGAAGCCGUCUACGAUAUCUGCCGCCGCAACCUCGACAUCGAACGUCCCACCUACACCAAUCUAAACCGUUUGAUGGCUCAGAUUGUCUCGUCCAUCACCGCAUCCCUGCGAUUUGAUGGCGCCCUCAAUGUUGAUCUUACAGAAUUCCAGACCAACCUUGUGCCCUAUCCACGUAUCCAUUUCCCUCUGGCCACCUACGCCCCUGUCAUCUCUGCAGAAAAGGCCUACCAUGAGCAGUUGACUGUUGCUGAGAUCACCAACGCCUGCUUCGAGCCCGCCAACCAGAUGGUGAAGUGCGAUCCCCGUCACGGCAAGUACAUGGCCUGCUGUCUCCUGUACCGUGGUGAUGUCGUCCCCAAGGAUGUCAACGCCGCCAUCGCUACCAUCAAGACCAAGCGUACCAUCCAAUUCGUUGACUGGUGUCCAACUGGCUUCAAGGUCGGUAUCAACUACCAGCCACCCACCGUCGUUCCUGGUGGCGAUCUCGCCAAGGUUCAGCGUGCCGUCUGCAUGUUGAGCAACACCACCGCCAUCGCCGAGGCCUGGGCCCGUCUCGACCACAAGUUCGAUCUGAUGUACGCCAAGCGUGCUUUCGUCCAUUGGUACGUCGGAGAGGGUAUGGAGGAAGGAGAGUUCUCCGAGGCUCGUGAGGAUUUGGCUGCUCUCGAGAAGGACUACGAAGAAGUCGGUGUCGACUCGGUCGACAAGAAGGAGAAGAAGAAGGAGAGGAAUAUUAAAGAAGUUCCCAACAUGAUGAUUAUGUCUUUCAAAUUUAAGAAAGCACACAUUCAUAACCUUACAAAAGGAAAGGUUCUUUCUAAGACGUCCUACUACAUACCCACAGUAUUGCAUAUGUACUUCACUACAUGUCACAUAAUGUUUUAAUGCUUUAAACUAAAUCAUUUCUAAUGCAAGCUUGUAGAAAGGUCAAUCUGUAAAAGUUGUGGGUAUAAUUGAAACCUUGUCAAUUACUGUUAGUAACAAAACUCCGUAAUUUUGUUUAAUUUUACACACAAUCCCUUAAUUAAUCAGGCACGAUAUCAUUCUAAUGGCUCAUUAGCUUCGCAUCUAUCUUUCUGUGAUAAACAUCUUAUUCAAACCAUUUGCAUAGUAUUUACCCCAAAAAAACACAUUUUGCCUGAAUUAUUAUUAUCUUGGCAGUGUCAAGUAAAAGACACACUUAAUAAAUUAGGAAAUGGAUUGUUCAUGACAAUUAAUCUAUUUAUUAUGGUCUUCUACCCUUUACCAAUUUCCAA